GGGCUCGGGCCGGGCCCUCAGUUUCCUCCCGCUUCAAAGCAGGGUCUUGGGCCUUGUUCUCAGGGGGAGGCCCCCAGAGGCCCAGGUGGCAGCCGGGGUGUGGCGGCAGGUGGCUGGUGUUCCUGGAGUGGGCGUGGGUCGGGUGUCUGCUCAGCCGGUGUGGACUCCAGGCCGGGCGCCUGGGGCUCUGGGCUGGGGCCAGCCUUGCCGGGUGCCCUUGGCUAGGACUCUGGUCUUCUCUGGGUCUGGGUUUCCUCCUCUGUCAAGUGAGGGCCCGGGCACCCGGGGUGCUUUCCUGUGUGGUGUCUGCCCAGGCCUGGCCUGGGGUGAGAUGGUCUCUGGUGACAUCUGGGAGGGAGAGGGCAGAGGCACGGACCCUCUGGCCCAGCUAGGCCCCGUGGUGGCCUGGAGUCCGGGCAUCUUAGCACUUAAAAUAGGGCUGUGGCAGCCCCUGGCCCUCAGAGCCYGGCGCCUGGUGGGACGCCAAGGUGGUUUUGCCGGAGGGGGUGGGGCAGCCACCGYGAGGGCUGAGUCACUUGGACCAUUUCAGGUCCCAGCCUCGAGGCCCCUGGAGACACCUCUAAGCCAUUCCCGAGGGGACCCCAGGUCACCUGAGGGGACAGCGGACCAGGGUGGCCAUCUUGGGGCGUUGGUAGCCUGGGUCAGAGGUCCCGUCCCUCCCGUGUCGGGCGGGGAGGGCUCGGACUGUCUGAUCCAGAGCCCCAUCUGCCCACACGCUGCCCGAGGCCCGGGCCAGACGGCAGAUGGUGGCAGGGGGUGGAAGCCACCGGAGGGGGCUCCUGGGAGGCUUCCCGCCACGCCGCGGGUCUCACGCGGAAGAUGGCCGGCGGCGUGGACGGCCCCAUCGGGAUCCCGUUCCCCGACCAUAGCAGUGACAUCCUGAGCGGGCUGAAUGAGCAGCGCACGCAGGGCCUGCUGUGCGACGUGGUCAUCCUGGUGGAGGGCCGCGAGUUCCCCACGCACCGCUCCGUGCUGGCCGCCUGCAGCCAGUACUUCAAGAAGCUGUUCACGUCKGGCGCCGUGGUGGACCAGCAGAACGUGUACGAGAUCGACUUCGUCAGCGCCGAGGCGCUCACGGCGCUCAUGGACUUCGCCUACACGGCCACGCUCACGGUCAGCACGGCCAACGUGGGCGACAUCCUCAGCGCCGCCCGCCUGCUGGAGAUUCCGGCCGUGAGCCACGUGUGCGCCGACCUCCUGGACCGGCAGAUCCUGGCGGCCGAUGCGGGCGCCGACGCGGGGCAGCUGGAGCUGGUGGACCAGGUGGGCCAGCGCAACCUGCUGCGGGCCAAGGAGUACCUCGAGUUCUUCCAGAGCAACCCCAUGAACAGCCUGCCCCCCGCCGCCGCCGCCGCCUUCCCCUGGCCGGCCUUCGGGGCCUCCGAGGAUGACCUGGAUGCCACCAAGGAGGCCGUGGCCGCCGCCGUGGCCGCCGUGGCCGCCGGCGACUGCAACGGCCUGGACUUCUACGGACCAGGUCCCCCGGCCGAGCGACCCCCRGCAGGAGACGGGGACGAGGGCGACAGCAACCCGGGCCUGUGGCCAGAGCGGGAUGAGGACGCCCCCACCGGGGGUCUCUUUCCUCCACCAGCGGCGCCCCCGGCCACCACGCAGAACGGCCACUACAGCCGGGGUGGGGACGAGGAGGCGGCCUCGCUGUCGGAGGCCGCCCCUGAGCCGGGCGACUCUCCCGGCUUCCUGUCGGGCGCAGCCGAGGGCGAGGACGGGGACGCGCCUGACGUGGACGGGCUGGCGGCCAGCACUCUGCUGCAGCAGAUGAUGUCCUCGGUGGGCCGGACCGGGGACAGCGACGAGGAGUCGCGGGCGGACGACAAGGGCGUCAUGGACUACUACCUGAAGUACUUCAGCAGCGCCCACGAGGGGGACGUCUACCCCGCCUGGUCACAGAAGGGGGAGAAGAAGAUCCGUGCCAAGGCCUUCCAGAAGUGCCCCAUCUGCGAGAAGGUCAUCCAGGGCGCCGGCAAGCUGCCGCGGCACAUCCGCACCCACACGGGCGAGAAGCCCUACGAGUGCAGCAUCUGCAAGGUCCGCUUCACCAGGCAGGACAAGCUCAAGGUGCACAUGCGGAAGCACACGGGGGAGAAGCCGUACCUGUGCCAGCAGUGCGGCGCCGCCUUCGCGCACAACUACGACCUCAAGAACCACAUGCGCGUGCACACGGGGCUGCGGCCCUACCAGUGCGACAGCUGCUGCAAGACCUUCGUGCGCUCCGACCACCUGCACAGGCACCUCAAGAAGGACGGCUGCAACGGCGUCCCCUCGCGCCGAGGCCGCAAGCCCCGCGUGCGGGGCGGCCCCGAGCCCCCGGCCCCCGGGCCUGCCGCGCCCCCCGGCGCCCCCGCUGCGCCCGGCUCCCCCGACGCCCGGCGCAACGGCCAGGAGAAGCACUUUAAGGACCAGGACGAGGACGAGGACGAGGCCAGCCCCGACAGCUCGGGCCGGUUGAAUGUAGCGGGCGCUGGCGGUGGAGACGACAGCGGAGGCGGCCCCGGGGCCACCGCCGACGGUAACUUCACAGCUGGACUCGCCUAAAACCAAAAAAGAGAACCAACCGCCGACCCCCACGCAGACCCCUCCCGACACGUGGGCCGCCCGCCGCCAGCUUCGCCUCCCUCCGCCCCCACCCGCGGCCGCGGGUCGCCCACCUGGCCCACGGCGGGGGCGGCCGGCUCUGGCCAGGCGGGCGGCGAGCGGGGCCGGGCCAGCUGUCCUCUGCCCCUGGGGUUCUAGCGUCUUUCAGACGAGACCUUAAAUGAUUUCUGUCUGCUCUGAGCGGACGUUAAAUGGCCCGUCCCCUCCCCACCCUCCUUCCUCAGGGCACUUACCAAGGGGGGGUCUCCCCCUCGCUGUCCCCAGCGCCCCCGCCUCCCACCCGCCUGUGGCCUCGCAGCUGCGCACGUCCUGGCCUCGAGACUCGCAUCUAUUUAUUUCCAGGCCUGGGGCGGGGGGCCUGGGGCUCCCGGCCUCUGCCACCUUCCUUUAGGCUCAGAGCCGGUGGCCCUGGGACCGCCCCUCGGACGCCCCAGGCCCCCAGAACCCCAUGUUUGGAGAUUCAAAACUUGUCUCGACCCUGCCCCCCCUCCCAAGUUUUUAAAGCACUUUUUAGAUUUUUCUUUUCCUCCUUAAAAAACAAAAUUUAUAUAUAGAUAUAUAUAGACAUAUAUAUAUAUAUAAUAGACUUUCCACAGAGGAGCGGGCAGCGGCGGCGCUGAGAGCCGGCAGCCAGGGCCUCCUGAGGCGGGCACCGGGAGCAAGGGCAGGGCAGGGUUCCAGUGUCACAAAAGCAAUAAAAACCCAAGAUUUUACAAAAUGGAGAGGAAGAAAGAAAGGAAAAGGCCACCAACCACAUUUAGAAGUCUUGGCACUUUGUAACGGAACGGGUACUUUAUCUUAACUCUUAAUUUAAAAACAUGUUUACAAGUUGCAACCAACUUCUAUGAAAAGUUGAAAAGAAAAAAAGAGAGAGAGAGAGAGAGAGAGAGAGAGAUUCCUAAAACUCAAUUUAUUUUUGUACAAAAUAAUAAAAUAAAAAACCCACCGAAAACGUAGAAUCCACGUCUGUUCCCCAAGGCUGAGGGGGUGGUCAGGAAGCCAUCGGAAGGGACCAGAGACCCCCAGGUGUCUGCCCGCUACGGGGGUCCACGCUGAGGGCAGACCGAGGGCCUGGGUCCUGCGGCUCUGCCUGCCUMCUGCUCUGCCCACUUCCGGUCUUGGUUGGGAGAUGUCUCUGCAGCCAUAUGGUGGCCAUCUCUGUCCUGGGCACCCACCUCCCUUACUCCCUAGCUCAGGGACGGCCCGAGAGAGGGCUGGCCUUCCAACCAGCCAGACUAACCAUCCCCCAGCCCCAUGUCCCUCCCGCCCCCCAGGACCUGCCCUCCAACAGGGCUGCCCUGCUGUGGGGGUCCCUGCUCCGGGGCUUUAGCCUCCCCCCACACCCCCUUUUUACUCAAAGGCACUGACUGUAACGAGGGAUAGCACUUGCCUCUCCCCAACCUUGGGCUCCCAAAGGCCCGGUGCAGACCGAGCCGCAGGCCACGGACAGGGCCGGGGCUGGGGAGGGGACGAUGCCAGGUGCCCUCCGACUCCCUCCGGCCCACGCAGUCUAGCGGGGCCUGUACAUAGACGCUCCGCAGACCCGAGGCUCCUCCUGUCGAUGCCUGGUUGGGGCGGAGGGGCGUCCCUGCAUCCCCACCCCUCUUGGUGGCCUGGCACCCURUCUGUGACAACUGUCUCAUCCUUUUGUCUUUAAAGGGAAGCUUGUAAGAAGGCGGAAUGUUUCAUAUUGUCUCCACCAGAUACUUUUUGUUCCCCCCCCACCCUCCAGCCCAUCAGCCCCCCAAAUGUCUCAGGAUCCCCCCUCUGGGCCAGCAGAAGGGGCAGGCCCGGGGUGGGUGGUGCUGGCCUGUUUGCACCCUGAUGUCACAGGGCGAGCUGCUCCAGAGAGGACUGUCAGGUCAGGCAGGGCACUCGCACCGGCCGUCGUCCCCAGAGAGGCCCCGGGGCGAGUGCCCUCCCACCCCCAGGCCCCUCGCAAUAAGACCCACUCAAAUCACUGAUGUCAUCCUGGCCAACAGAGGCCACCAGAUUUGGGGGACAGAGCCCUCGGGACUCUGGCAGGACCAGGCUGCCCGCCAGCCACUCACCCGGAGCCCCUCGGGCAUUGCACUGAGCCCCGCCCAGCUCCCCCGCUUCGCUGCCCCGCGCCCUCUGCCUUAACGCCACCCGGCCCGGCCGCGGCGUCUGCAUGGGCCCAGAGCCGGACCCCCGCCCCCGACUGCGCAAUCACAUACUGUAUAUAGACGUGGAUCGAUUUUAUUUUUAUUCUUUAAAUUAAGGUUGUGAUAAAGUGUUGCCAAAGAUACUGCUGAGUUUUCGAGUUUCAGGAAGCGGCGMGGCUGAGGAGGGCGCUGUCUGGGACUCCAGAGGCUCACCUUCGGUGGUUGGGGUUUGCUUUUUGUUUUCUUUUUUCUUUUUUU